AGCGCGCCUCUCCUCUGCUCUCCUCUCCGGCUGAAGUGAAUCAGCUGACGAAUGGUAUCUCCCUCCUCUCCCGGAUGAAUCGCGCCGCUGAAGCCGGGCAGCCUGAGCGCUGACACAGGAGCAGGUUGCCCACAGGCUCGCUCUCCUCCUGCUAGAUGUCGGACCGACCGAGCCUCAAGUAAAAAGAUUCCGCCGCCCAAAAUAGAGGUUACUUUAUUUCAUCUUUCGCCUCGGGCAGGAAGCUACCCGCUUCCCCUCACCAUGGCUUCCAACUUCAACGACAUAGUCAAACAGGGAUACGUGAGGAUACGGAGUAAGAAACUGGGGAUCUUCCGGAGGUGUUGGCUGGUGUUCAAGAAAGCCUCCAGUAAAGGACCCCGCCGGUUAGAGAAGUACCCAGAUGAGAAGGCAGCCUACUUCAGGAGCUUCCACAAGAUCACCGAGCUCCAUAACAUCAAGAACAUUACCCGGAUGCCACGGGAGACAAAAAAGCAUGCAGUGGCGAUUAUCUUCUGUGAUGACACGUCCAAGACGUUUGCCUGUGAAUCAGAGCUGGAUGCAGAGGAAUGGUGUAAGCUGCUGUGCAUGGAGUGCCUGGGCAGCCGUCUCAACGACAUCAGCCUGGGAGAGCCAGACCUGUUAGCAGCGGGGGUGCAGCGGGAGCAGAACGAACGUUUCAAUGUGUACCUAAUGCCGACCCCUAACCUGGACAUCUACGGAGAGUGCACCAUGCAGAUCACCCACGAAAACAUAUACCUGUGGGACAUUCACAACGCUCGGCUGAAACUCGUCAUGUGGCCUCUCAGCUCCCUGCGCAGAUACGGUCGAGACUCCACCUGGUUUACUUUUGAGUCUGGAAGGAUGUGUGACACAGGAGAGGGUUUGUUCACGUUCCAGACGCGGGAGGGGGAGAUGAUCUACCAGCGGGUCCACUCGGCCACGCUGGCCAUUGCCCAGCAGCAUGAGAGGAUGAUGGAGGAGAUGGAGAAGAGCUCCCAGAUCCACUCCAGAGAGACACUAACCAAGUCCAUCUCCCUGCCACGCAGCGCUUACUGGCAGCACAUCACGCGUCAGAACAGCGUGGGAGAUCUCUACAGUUACCAAGGAUCCGGCCUGACAAUGACUUUUAUCCCCCGAGCACAGACAUUUCCCAGCUUUCUGUCUGAUGAGCCAGAACAGGAGGAGAGCCAGCACCAGGAAGAGGCGCCAUCACCCUCUAGUGGCUGUGAAUCCAGUUGCAGCCUCAGACCCCUUCAAUGACAGAGAAUUGCUCGACCAAAACUGGACACUUUACCCACUACUGUAGAGAGGAUGUAGAAAUAUGUAUAGUGACGUGUAAUAUAUCAUUUCCUGGUGAUACUUUAAUAAUAGUGUCAACUGUAGAGCGAGUGGUACAUGAAGAGUUGUCCUAAAAAAAUAUGUUUGUUUUUUUUUUGUAUGUUGUGUGACAGCAGCAGUAGCUUCAAAGAUUGCACCAAAAAUCCUUUAAGUGUAGCUUUAAGGUGUUUUAUGUUGCCAUUAAUCCAGCAUGACCCCCAAUUUUUAUUUAUUUAUUUUUCUAAAUCACUGCACUCCACCUCACAAGAAGAUACUGAGAAACCAAGGUCUGCUGUAAAAAACAACGUUAAAAAGGCUUUUGUUCUGAAAAUGACAAAAUCACAUCAGGCUCAUUCUAAGAAUGUGCAGCCUCAGCAAUCAUUUCAAGGAAAAAAAAUCCACAAUUUUGACACAUAAUACUCCCACUUUUUUACCAUAUUCUGUUUUCUCUCAAAAAUGUGAAAGUGAUCAAUGCCUUACACAAAAACCGCUUGACUUUGAUGGCAGUGAUGAAUCAGCGAAAUCCCUAAAUCGGUUACAACCAGCAAAAGGAAAAAGUCAUUCAGAAAUCUGCUUCAAGGAUAUAGGAGUGGACGGCCAUGUCAGAAAUGAUAGAAUGCAGCCUUCUCACAACCAUCUCUCCCAUUAAACUGCCAACCUUACAUUACACUGGCAGCGCAAUUUGAUUUUAAUAGCUUCCUAGCUCUUCCCCCAGCCUCAUAUACGCCAUCUGAUAACUGGUUCAUUAUUAAAAGGAGAGAAGUGAAAUGUUGGUGACCUGACGGGGCGGGUUGUGCGAGGCAAUAAAACAUCAUGGUAAUUUUUAGCCUUUGGUAUGUCAUGUUCAUACAAGAUUUAAACUUAGGAAAAAAAUAGUAUCUCUGAGAAAAUGUGAGCUUAGUAAAAUACAAUUAGUUUGAUAUUAUUGGAAAAUGCACUUAUAUACUGUCUUGACAGAGGUUAGUUGAGACUAUUGAUAGCACUCUCAUGUCAGUAUCCUAAACACGUUAGCUUAGCCUACCAUAAAGACUGGAAACGUGGUCAAGCAGCUAGCAUGGCUCUGUCCAAAGCACUGGUAGAACUAAAACUUUUUACAGUUUAUUUUUUGUGCAGAUUUUAAAAUAAAUAAAAUAAAAAGAGGUAUAAUGUGUUCAGUAGUGAGCUUUAGAGGUGCCAGUCUGUGGAAUUUUGUUACUGACUGGGCCAAACUAACUGUUUGCUACUGUUUCUCUUUGUGCUAAGCUAACUAAGCUAACCAGCCGCUGGGGGUGGCAUAGAUCUCCUCAUCUAACUCUUGUCAAGAAAACAAGUACACUUCUUUAAAGUCAAACUAUCAUAACAAGCCUAUAUUGAUAAAAAUAAUAACCCUUUUUUCUAAAAAAAAAAAAGAAGAAAAAAAAACUCUUAGAUAUCUUGUGCCAUCUUCUUUUCCAUCCAUUAGCAACAGUAUUAAGUAAAAGGAAAUUAUAUUAGUAGUCCAUGUCACUAAAAUAGCCAAUAUCAGCAGAAAACCUCUAAAAUAUUUUCAUACAUCCAUAGCAUGUGAGUGAAAUGUAUCAUUGAAUAUGUGACCGCUGUGAUGAUAAUGUUCUCCCUCAGUAAGAAGUGCCUUCUGACACAGACCAGAGUGUUAAACCUCACCAAAGCAGCGUCUUUGGGCCUCGAGUUUACCAUGGUGGACAGAAUAGUUAGCUCUGUACCUUCAAAACUGUUUUGAAAAGUCUUAAGUUUCUCCUAAACACUGUAGACCCAGCUGUGAAAAUGCCAUAUCACAUCUGAAAUACAAAACCUGACCGGAGAUCUUUUAUAAAGUUGAGUGUGACACUUGUUGCCUGUCGGUGGUUGUCAGCAGAGAUUGAUUCAUCUUUUCAGAUAUAUGUGGUAAAGGUGUCUGUGCUUAGCAUCAAAGUGUGAAUCUUUCAAAUCCAGAAAUUACAGCAACAAUUAACACUUAAAUGAAAAAAAAAAAAAAGGAUUCCAGUGACAAUCACUUUAAGACAGCAAAGCGGUCUUUCACUUUCAAACUUAUUCACUUUUUUUGAUGAUAUUGCUUUCUCUUGGGUUUAUAUCUAGAGAUACAGUAGGUACUAGAUUCCCGGAGAAGUGGAUAUAAAUGGACAUGCACUUAUUUUGUGUUAAAGUUGUAUUUUGCAGUCACUUUAUUUUGUAUAUUGUUUUUAACAGAACUCAACUUUCAUAUCAAUUUGAGCCUAAAGCAAAGUGCCCAUCUUAAAGUCUGCAUCACAGACUCUGUCGUACGAGCAGGCAGGAAGACAGUUGACAUAUCUGGCCACAUUUCUGCUCUAGUUGUCUCGAGUCUUACAGUAGCUCAAGUGUGGUUAAUAAAUGUAUGUAUAAUAGUUCCACUACAUCUGGAGCGGUAGAGCUACACUGACUGAAAUGUCUGGAGAGAGUUAGUUGACAGUGUUUAUUAUUUGCAAUUUUUUGUUGUUUAUUGUAGCCAUUCACUUGUUUGUAGGUAUGAUGUCAUAUUUUCUGUUAUUGUUACUAUAUUAUUGUGUUAGUGUCUGCAUUUUGUGUUCUGUUACUGUCAGAUUAUAUGUUAAAAGCACUUUGAAUACAUUGAGUGUAGGACUACAGUUUUCACUAAAUGUACAUAUGUAAUGUUUUUGAUGAUAAAAUGGUAAUAAAUUGAAUGUUCUAUCAUG